AUGGACAAGAAGAUAAAAUCUGCUCAGCACAAAAAACUCGUCGCAGUGGAAAACAUUAAGGCGCUGGAGCGCUUUAAGCAGAACUUCAAACCCGAAAAUGUAGGUGAAAUCCCGGAGGUUAUGGAGGGUUUGGAACAACACAGACAGGACUUUUUUGCCGCGGUGGCAAAGCUGGAAGAGUAUGACGACACCAGUGAGGCGAUUCAAGCCUGUAUUACUGACAGGAUCGAUAUGGAAGAGCGCUGCCGGCAGCGAAAAUUGUUCCUUAGAGUAAACCAGCGGAAGGAAGACAAUUCGCUCAACGACUCCUUAUUGGCAAACUCAACCCUAGCGUUUGGACGGCCAAACACAUCAAACAUACGUUUUCCCAAAAUCGAAUUACCAACGUUCGACGGUGAUUCGACGAAGUGGUUGUCAUUCCGCGAUCACUUUGUCGCGAUGAUUGACGCAAGUGCCGAGCUGCCGCCAAUUGCAAAACUGCAAUACUUACUUUCGUCCUUGAAAGGUGACGCUGCGGUUCCCUUCGAACAUGUUACUCUGACCACGGAAAACUAUUCUGUUACCUGGGCUGCGCUGCUUAAGCGAUACGACAACUCACGGAUGCUCAUUCGCGAGUACUGGCGACGGCUUCAUUUCCUACCUGCGAUUGCAACAGAAAGUGUCGAUGGCUUGACGUCGUUGGUAGAUGAAUUCGUGCGAUAUGUGAAUGGGUUGCAGAAGCUGCAUGAACCUGUCGACUCAUGGGACACGCCUUUGUCCAACAUGUUGCUGAUGAAGCUGGACAAUGAGACCAUUCUGGCGUGGGAAAGGCAUUCUGUGCAUAAGAAAAAGGAUAAGUACAGCGAGUUGAUCGAAUUCCUGCAAGACCGAAUCCAAAUCCUAAAAUCGAGCCAGAGUAUCUCGUGCGAUCGGAUUGUGGCUCUGAUCAAGGUGGCCGGGGCACAUCGGCCCACCGCACCACGGCGGUCGGUAACCAACGCUGCUUCUGUGCAAAGGAAUACUCCCGUUUCAUCGACCAUUCAACAAGUGAGCUGUCCAUUGCAGUGUGCAGAUCAUCACCUGGUUCGAAAUUGCCCGGUAUUUUUAGCCAAAAAUACUCAGGAGCGGCGGGAAAUCGCACGGUCAAAGGGAUUGUGCUGGAAUUGUCUCAGUUGUUCCCAUCAAGUGAGAUCGUACAAAUCCGAGUAUUCUUGCCGUUCGUGCAAGGAACGCCAUCAUACGCUGCUUCAUCAACCACCACAACAACCUACAGUCGCUUUGUCAGCCCAAUCAGAGUAUGAUAUGGUGUUUCUCGAGACGGCUAUUGUGUUCAUCGUAGACGAUUAUGGAGAGAAACAUGAGGCACGGGCGCUUUUGGAUUCGGGCUCUAUGUCCAACUUCAUUUCGGAUACGUUAGCUCGGAAGCUCAUGACACCUCGAGCGAGAGUUAAUGUAUCAGUGUCUGGCAUCGGAACUUCAAGGCAGCAGAUAAAGGGUUCGACCACGGCGAUCGUUCGUUCAAGGAACCUUCAAUUCACCACCCCAUUGGAGUUUCUGAUCCUGGAUACUCCCUCGGCGGACAUUCCCACCUCACCAAUCAACGUGUCUACGUGGAACGUCCCGGAUGUAACGCUAGCAGACCCCACGUAUCACAUCCCAGGCAAGGUCGAUGUGGUCAUCGGUGGCGAUACGUUCUGGGAGCUGCAUACCGGACGCAAGCAAUCUCACGGUUCGGGUCUGCCAUGGUUGAUAGAAACGCAGUUUGGAUGGGCGGUAGCAGGAAAUACAACACAUUCGUCUCAACAACAUCGGAUAUGCAAUAUGGCAACGAGCGACAGUCCGUUGGAAGCCAUAUUGACGCGGUUCUAG